UACACGUGUAGAUAUUGUAUAUAAGAGCAGACGAAGGCUAGUUGUGGAUGCUGUCUGUUCCUGUAGAGACCAAAAAGCUUUAAGCCGUUACCUGGAGCGUUCCACCCAGUCGGAGGCAGGGAGUUAAGGAGAGGGAGGGCUCAAAGACGCCCUCUUCCGGCCACAUGGCGCGCACACAGCCGCUGCUUCUUUUCGGCACCACUCCAUCCACGCACAAUAAGGACUCACUCACGGUCCUCCUUCCAGUGUAGACACCAGCAGAAGACCGAGGAGGAGCAGCUUCACCGGGCAACUCAAGCCCGCAGAACCCCUCCUCUCCCAAAAAACACAAAAGGACAACAGCCACGGAGGUUCUGUUUUGACGGUUUGAAGCCCAAAGUGACAGCGCCGAUCAAGUUGCAAAGACAAGAGCCGAAGAGUUAAACCAACAAGCCCGCGGCCGCCACGGCGCCGUCGACAUGGAUAAAGUUGUCCGAUGUUGGUUCGCCGCCAUCACGUUGCUGCUGUCCGCCAAGGGAGAAGUUUUUAAAGGCGACUGCAACUUUGCCAAGCCGCUGGCAGCGUGCGGGUACAGCCAAGGCCGAGACGACGACCUGGACUGGGAGCAGGUUAAUACCAGAGACAAGCCUUCCUCCGAUCCAUGGAUGCCCUCAGGUUCUGCCUUCAUGAUGGUCAAUACGUCGGGACGCUUCUCCGGGCAGAAGGCCUUGCUGCUGACACCCCAGCUGAGGGAGAAUGACACGCACUGCGUGAUUUUCCACUACUACAUCGGCGGCAGGGACAACAGCCACCCGGGCCACCUCAACGUCUACAUCAAAGAGAACAACAGUCCGAUGGGAAUGCCCGUUUGGAACGUGUCUAGCCCGGCGUCCCGCUCUUGGGCUCAGGUGGAGCUGGCCGUCAGCACCUACUGGCCCAACUUCUACCAGAUUGUGUUUGAAGUCGUAACCUCUGGGCAGCGCGGCUUGCUGGCCAUCAAAGACAUUCUGGUCCAAGGCCACCAGUGCAUGAACACGCCACACUUCCUGACCAUAAAAGGAGUGGAGGUCAAUGCUGGACAGACUGCAUCCUUUCAUUGCACCGUAAAUGGACGCAAGAGGGACAAUUUCCGCCUUUGGCUUCAGGGCAUGGGGGGACGGGAGGCCCCCAUGAAAGCCACCAAACCUUGGAACAACCGCCGCUUCAUCGGCACUUUUGACGUGGAGAACACCACCAAGGGCGACUCGGGACGCUACCGCUGCAUCGUGCACUCGGACAAAGGGGUGGGGGUGUCCAACUAUGGAGAGCUGACCAUAAAGCAGCCUCCGGUGCCCAUCGCGCCGCCCCAGCUGACAGCGGUUGGCGCCACCUACCUGUGGAUCCAGCUGAAUGCCAACUCCAUCAACGGCGACGGCCCCAUCGUGGACCGGGAAGUGGAGUACCGCACAGUGUCGGGCACCAUGUACGACCUGCAGCCCGUUGACAAGACCACGCACAAGAUCGGCCACCUGGACCCAGACACUGAGUACGAGAUCAGUGUUCUGCUGACCAGGCCCCUGGAUGGCGGCACCGGGGCGCCCGGACCUCCGCUGAGGGCCCGAACCCGAUGUGCCGAACCGAUGCACGGCCCGCGGCGCCUGGAGGUGAUGGACAUCCAAUCCAAGCAAGUGACGGUUCGCUGGGAGCCGCUGGGCUACAAUGUGACCCGCUGCCACAGCUACAACCUGACUGUGCAGUACCGCUCCAGGGCAGGCGGCAAGGACCAGACCCGCGAGGAGAUGUGCUACGACACCCAGAGCCGCGACCCCCAACACACCAUCCACAACCUGACUCCCUUCACCAACCUCAGCGUCAAGCUGGUGCUGCGCAACCCGGAGGGGGUAAAGGAGAGCGCCGAGCUGGAAGUGCAGACCGACGAGGACGUGCCCGGCUCUGUCCCCCUGGACUCCAUCCAAGGCAGCGCCUACGAGGAGAAGAUCGUCCUGAAGUGGAGGGAACCUGCUCAGACGUACGGUGUCAUCACUCAAUAUGAGAUCUCCUACAAGGCGGUGAGCUCCUUCGACCCCGAGCUGGACCUCUCCAACCAGAGCGGCAAGGUGGCCAAGCUCGGCAACGAGACGACCCACGUGUUCGCGGGCCUCUACCCGGGCUCCACCUACUCCUUCACCCUGCGCGCCAGCACGGCCAAGGGCUACGGCCCUCCCGUUGUCACCCAGUUCACCACCAAGAUAUCAGCUCCGUCCAUGCCGGCGUACGACCAGGAGACGUCCCUGAACCAGACGGACAGCACGGUCACGGUGUUGCUGAAGCCAGCACAAAGCCGGGGCGCUCCCGUGAGCGCCUACCAGGUGGUGGUGGAGGAGGAACGUCCUCGGAGGGCGCGGGGCACAGCCGAGAUUCUGCGCUGCUACCCGGUUCCCAUCCACUUCCAGAACGCCACGCAGCUCAACUCGCAGUACUACUUCACUGCGCAGUUCCCUGCUGGCGGGAUCCACUCGCCGCUGCCAUUCACCGUGGGGGACAACAACACCUACAACGGCUACUGGAACGCGCCGCUAUUGCCCCAGAAGAGCUACAGUGUCUACUAUCAGGCUGUCAGCACCGCCAACGGGGAGACCAAAAUUGACUGUGUACGAGUCGCCACCAAAGCCGCCAUACUCGUGACUCAGCUCACCACGCCGUACCUCCGCAUCGCACCAGCAGCCGGCAACAACCAACUAACAGGAGCGGCGACCCACAAGCCCGACGCCGUGGAGCCAGAGAAGCAAACGGACCACACGGUGAAGAUCGCGGGGGUCAUCGCCGGCAUCCUCCUCUUCGUCAUCAUCUUCUUGGGCGUGGUGCUCCUCAUGAAGAAAAGAAGAACCUAUCACUCCUACACUUACUACCUGAAACUGGCCAAGAAGCGCAAAGAGACGCUGAACAGCACACGACAGGAAAUGACGGUGAUGGUCAACUCCAUGGACAAGAGCUACACGGAGCAGGGCACCAACUGCGACGAGGCGCUCUCCUUCAUGGACACACAUAACCACACGCGCAGCGAGUGCGCGCUCACGCUCAACACGCGCAGCGAGUGCGCACUCACGCUCAACGGCCGAGCCACGUCAUCGCCCUCGUCCUUCACUCUGCCCAAAGCCAGCACGCUCAACACUUCCAUCCCCACCAGCGCCUUCUACCCAGACCCCUUUGUGCCAACCGCCAUCUUAGUGCCCAUUAAUGACGAGAGCCAGAACAUGAGCAGCGACACCAGCAGCCUGGUGCAGUCGCACACACACUCGUUGAGGAAGCGCGAGGCCGUGGACGUACCCUACCAGAGCGGACAGCUGCACCCUGCCAUCCGUGUGGCAGACCUGCUGCAGCACAUCACGCAGAUGAAGUGCGCCGAGGGGUACGGAUUCAAGGAGGAGUACGAGAGCUUCUUUGAGGGACAGUCGGCUCCGUGGGACUCGGCCAAGAAGGAUGAAAACCGCAUGAAGAACCGAUACGGGAAUAUUAUUGCGUAUGAUCACUCCCGUGUCAGGCUGCAGGCCCUGGAGGGGGAACAGAGCUCCGAUUACAUUAAUGCAAAUUACGUUGAUGGAUACCACAGGCCAAAUCUCUACAUCGCAACUCAAGGCCCCAUGCAAGAGACUGUGUUGGACUUCUGGAGGAUGGUGUGGCAGGAGAACACAGCAGCCAUCGUCAUGGUGACCAACCUGGUGGAGGUGGGCAGGGUGAAGUGCUGUAAAUACUGGCCGGACGACACAGAGAUCUACAGAGACAUCAAGGUGACACUCAUAGAGACCGAGCUCCUCUCCGAGUAUGUCAUCCGCACCUUUGCUGUAGAGAAGAGAGGCGCUCACGAGAUCCGGGAAAUCCGUCAGUUCCACUUCACAGGCUGGCCGGACCACGGCGUGCCCUACCACUCCACCGGCCUGCUGGGCUUCAUUAGACGGGUCAAGUCCAAGACCUUGAGCAACACCGGACCCAUGGUUGUCCACUGCAGUGCCGGUGCCGGUCGGACAGGCUGCUUUAUCGUCAUCGACAUCAUGCUGGACAUGGCGGAGCGCGAGGGUGUGGUGGACAUCUACAACUGCGUUAGGGAGCUGAGGUCACGCAGGGUCAACAUGGUCCAGACCGAGGAGCAGUACGUCUUCAUCCACGACGCCAUCUUGGAGGCGUGUCUCUGCGGCGAUACCACCAUCCCCGCCGGACAGUUCCGCUCGGUCUACUACGACAUGAAUCGCCUGGACCCGCAGACCAACUCCAGUCCCAUCAAGGAGGAGUUUCGGACACUAAACAUGGUGACGCCCACACUGAGGGUGGAGGACUGCAGCAUUGCCCUGCUGCCCAGGAACCACGAGAAGAACCGCUGCAUGGACGUCCUGCCGCCCGACCGCUGCCUGCCCUUCCUCAUCACCAUCGACGGCGAGAGCUCCAACUACAUCAACGCCGCCCUCAUGGACAGCUACAAGCAGCCGUCUGCCUUCAUCGUGACGCAGCAUCCUCUGCCAAACACGGUCAAGGAUUUCUGGAGGCUGGUGCUGGACUACCACUGCACCUCCAUCGUGAUGCUCAACGACGUCGACCCCGCCCAGUUGUGUCCUCAGUAUUGGCCUGAGAAUGGAGUCCACCGCCACGGUCCCAUCCAGGUGGAGUUUGUGUCUGCAGACCUGGAGGAGGAUAUCAUCAGCAGAAUAUUCCGUAUCUACAACGCCGCACGGCCUCAGGACGGCUACCGCAUGGUGCAGCAGUUCCAGUUCCUGGGCUGGCCCAUGUACCGAGACACCCCCAUGUCCAAGCGCUCCUUCCUCAAGCUCAUCAGACAGGUGGAUAAGUGGCAGGAAGAGUACGACGGAGGAGAAGGACGCACUGUGGUCCACUGUUUGAAUGGGGGCGGCCGCAGCGGCACGUUCUGCGCCAUCAGCAUCGUGUGUGAGAUGUUGCAGCACCAACGCGCCGUUGACGUCUUUCACGCCGUCAAGACGCUGAGGAACAACAAGCCCAACAUGGUGGACCUGCUGGAGCAGUACAAGUUCUGCUACGAGGUGGCGCUGGAGUUCCUCAGCUCCGGAUAACCGGACCGCCCACUCCUUCAUACACACUGCAAAGACUUUAACAUGUCCAACGUGCCAAGUGUGCUCAGUUCUGACCCGACACACAGACACACGCACGCACACGCUCGUUCGUCUUGGCCCCUCCCCCUUUAGCCUCCUUGGCUCCUCCCCUUGACGACCUGUGCCCACCAUGGGACAACAAGCAAACACAAAGUACGGAAUGGGAAUGUUUUACGCUUGUACAAAAUGAAAUGUGCUCCUUUUCUUCUUGUGAUGAGCGGGGGAUGCGACCCAAACGCACCAUAGCUCCAUCUGUGUUCUGUAAAGUUCUGAUUCGUGUCUCGCUCCGACUGCUUUGACUUUAUUUCCUGUACGGGGAUGCCAAGCUUUAUUUGCACUCCCAUUUUACCCUUUUGUGCAUAUUGUACAGAUUUGUGUAGAUUAUUUAUUGCUUGUAUGUUUUCUUUGAUUUUUGUUUGUUUUUGUGACUGGCAGUAAGUGACAAUCAUAUGUUUUAUGGUUUUGUUUUUUUAUGUUAUUGUGUGCUUUUUUUUCUUCUUUCUGGUUAUAUUGUAUGACGGAUUGUAAAGAAGCAAAUUAUAUAAAUGUAACUACAAUAAUAUGAUGAUUGUU